UUCCUUGAUGUGGUUAAUCUUACCUGAAUAAAAUAACGUCCAAUUUCCUUUUUUCCUCCUUUGUUAAAUCCUCAAACAAAUAAUAUCCGAUGUUUUCAUAUUAGUAUUUCCCUAACACGUAAAUAAUGCUCCGCAAAGCUGAAUUUGUUUGUAUUGCUUUAUUAUUAACUUUCUUUUUAUUAAUCCUCACUUCUGCAUAUUAUUUUUUCCAUGUCAGCUACAACCUAGAAGGAAAUAAUGUCUCAAGGCAAAUUGUGCUCUGUAUCAUUUCCAAACACCCCGGGCACAUUAUAAGUAACCCAGUGCAUGUGUUUAGCAAGUCAGUUGCAUCAGAUCACGAAGGAACGUGUGCAGUUUUUCCAUGGGCAGGUUUGGCACAUAGAAAGAAUUGGCUGCGUAUGGUAUGUUCGUCAUCCUGUGACUGGUUUGUUUAUUUAUUUUGUGAUAAGUCCCAGAUCAAGAAGAUGAACACCGUCCUGGCUUGUUUAAUUGUGCUUCUGACUGCGUCGCAAACUCUGGCUGAAGAAAUGGAAUUCAAUGAAGACAGUUACUGGCCAUACAGUGACCAAAUUCAGGCAGAUUUUGUAGAAGGUCCAGUAUUUGAAAGGUAUCUGCUAAGGCCUGAAAGGAAACCUAAAUCUGAAGUAUUUUAUACAUCAAUGGGAAAGAGGAACAGUGAGAAAAGGGAAACCUCUUUAAAAAGGAAUAAAGUCUUCUUUGGACUGAUGAGCAAGAAAGGAUCAACUUCUGGGAAUGACUUCAUUGGUCUGAUGGGCAAGAGAACAUUAACUACUGGGAAAGACUUUGUUGGUCUGAUGGGCAAGAGAGCAUUAACUUCUGGAAAUAACUUCAAUGGCUUGAUGGGCAAGAGAGCAUUAACUUCUGCGAUGCAGCCUCCGGCCUCCCCUCGACCCACUCCAGUUCUCGGAAAGAGUCUGAAGAAAGAAUGAAUGAUUUGUACUUCAGCAGGAGACGUAAAUAACUGUAUUGCAACUACCUAUUUAUUUACUGUGUCUUAGAAAGUGCAACUUAGGUCCUUAAUGUAAUGACUCAUUUGUGUAAUAAAAUAGCAGUUGUAUGAAGAUUACAGAUUCAAUAAAUAAACUAUUUCUAC